AUGGUUCUUGCCUUGAAAACAAAAAUCACACAAGAAGUGGCUGAUGGAGUUGGAGCUGAAAAGAGGGGCCGCAGUAUUGUGAUUACUAGCUUAGCGGAAAUGGGUGCUGAUAGAUCUUUGAUAAAAAGACAGAGGGACCUCGAAGAAAAAGUGGCCAAUGUCCUUGACGCGCUGGAGUUUGACUGCCUGCCCGAAGUAGCUUAUAGGUUGGGAGAGUUCAACGGUAACAAGCCACGUCUUGUUAAAGUUGUGCUCCCUUCUCGCUCCCACUGGGCAAAGGCUCUGUCAAGAGCGCAUCUCCUACGCCGCACAAGCUUUUCGAACAUAUUUGUACGCAAAAGCAUGACCGCGGCAGAACGAAAACGGGAUUAUGAGUUAAGGCACGAGGCUCGUCUGAGAAAUGAACGGUCAUCUACGCGUGAGUGGGUGGUUUACAAAGAUACAAAAACCUCAAAUGGCUGCUGA